AUGUCCACCAUGGCCACCUCACCCCCUCUCACACCCCUCGAAAAGCAAGACCGCGAGCGCGACGCGGCCUUCAAACAAGCCCUCCACGGCACCUCCGGCACCGAAUCCAACUCCUUCCGCGCCAUGCUCUCCAAGAACCACACUGCCCAAAACGAAGCCGUGUCCGAAUACUUCAAGCACUGGGACAACAAAGCCGCCGGCGUUGAGACAGAAGAAACCCGCAAAGCCCGACGAGACGAAUACGCCACGCUCACACGACACUACUACAACCUCGCCACCGACCUCUACGAGUACGGCUGGGCGCAGUCCUUCCACUUCUGCCGCUUCAGCAAGGGCGAGGCGUUCAAGCAGGCGCUGGCGAGACAUGAGCACUACCUCGCGCUGAAGAUGGGGAUGCAGGAGGGCAUGCGAGUGCUGGAUGUGGGAUGCGGUGUCGGCGGGCCCGCGAGGGAGAUUGCCAAGUUCACCGGCGCGAACAUCGUGGGGUUGAACAAUAACGACUACCAGAUCGAGCGGGCGACGACGUACGCGGCGAAGGAGGGGUUGAGCGGGCAGUUGAGCUACGUGAAGGGGGAUUUCAUGCAGAUGGAUUUCCCGGACAACAGCUUCGAUGCUGUGUAUGCGAUUGAGGCGACGGUGCACGCGCCGAGUUUGGAGGGGAUUUACUCGGAGAUCUUUAGGGUGUUGAAGCCCGGUGGUGUGUUUGGGGUGUAUGAGUGGUUGAUGACGGAUCAAUACGACAAUGCGAACCCGCACCACCGUGAGAUCAGGCUGGGGAUUGAGCAGGGUGAUGGGAUCAGCAAUAUGGAGAAGAUUGAGGUGGCGCUGGAUGCGAUGAAGGCGGCAGGCUUCCAGAUGGAGUUGAAUGAGGAUUUGGCGGACCGACCAGACGAGCUGCCGUGGUACUGGCCGUUGAGUGGGAACCUGAAGUAUAUGCAGUCGGUCUGGGACUUCCCAACACUGGUCCGGAUGACGCAUUGGGGCCGGGCGUUCGCGCAUCGGUUUGUCGGUCUGUUGGAGACGAUCAAGGUGGCGCCGAAGGGCACGCAGAAGACCGCCGACUCGCUUGCUUUGGCCGCCGACUGUCUUGUCGCGGGUGGAAAGGAGAAGCUGUUCACGCCGAUGUACUUGAUGGUAGGCAGGAAGCCGGAGAAGAACUGA